CUUACGUUGUUAUCCUGUCUAGUCUCCUUAUCCUUAUCCUGUCUAGUCAUGUCUACGUUGUUAUCCUGUCUUGUUAUCCUGUUAACUGCUUGGAAAUAUUUGGACAGAAAUUCACCAUGCUUCUUCGAACAGCUGUCCGUUAUCUUAGUGCCCCAAUAAGAGAUAUUUUGAGACCCUCAACUACCACCUCAAACCGGGGCUAUGCAGCUAUCGCCGAUGCUAGAUCGGUGCUGGAGCAUGAACUUGAAAUGAUCCGAACUGGUGGAACGUGGAAAGGAGAAAGAAUAAUCACGUCCAAGCAGGGUCCUCAUAUCAACGUGGACGGCAGUCGUGGCGACAUAUUGAAUUUCUGCGCAAACAACUAUCUGGGCAUCUCCAGCCAUCCCCAUGUAGUGGAGGCAGGGAUAGAUGCCUUGAAGAAGUAUGGUGCUGGGCUGAGCUCAGUGAGAUUCAUCUGUGGCACACAGAUCUGGAGCAGAAGCUGGCUCAGUUCCAUGAGCGUGAGGACUGCAUCCUAUAGCCCUGCGUUGGCGUCAAAACAGCUGGCAUAUUUGAGGUUCUGUUGGGGCUUGACGAUACAGUUCUUUCUGAUGAGCUGAAUCAUGCCUUGAUGGGAUCAGAUUGUGUCGGGCCAAGAGGUUCAGAUACAAACACAUGGACCUGAAUGACUUGGAGACCCAGCUGAAAGAGUCCCAGUCAUGUCGUCUACGCCUCGUUGUCACGGAUGGUGUGUUCUCCAUGGAUGGUGACAUGGCUCCAUUGAAGGGGAUCUGUGACCUGACAGAGCAGUAUGGAGCCAUGGUCUUCAUUGACGAAUGCCAUGCUACAGGCUUCAUGGGCCCACGAGGCAGAUGAGCUCCUGGGAGUGAUGGACAGGGUUCACAUUGUCAACUCUACUUUGGGAAAAGCACUGGAAGGUGCAGCUGGUGGGUACACAGUGGGUCCUAAACCUCUGAUUGACCUGCUGAGGCAGCGCUCUCGUCCGUACCUCUUCUCCAACUCCCUACCCCCUCCUGUCGUGGGCUGCGCUACCCGGGCUGUCGAGCUGCUCCUCGCUUCCAAUGAGAUUGCUCAGAGUGUCGGGGACAAAACCAUGAGGUUCAGAAACAAAAUGACCGAGGCUGGGUUCACCAUCUCAGGCUCUGACCACCCUAUCUGUCCUGUGAUGCUGGGGGAUGCCAGCCUCUCUGAUGGCUGAUGACAUGCUGAAACUAGGCGAGGCAACAGUUCAGGCUGAAUAUGAAUGGAGCACAAGCAGAUU